AUGACGCUGGAUGAAGACGAGGAGCUCACGGCGAAGGGAUAUCGUGACUAUUCGUCCCCUCCACUAACUGCCUUUUACAUUGUCCUGGUGUUGCUGGGCAUCGUGGGUAAUGCCACUGUCAUUGGGGUGAUUGGUAAGAGUGUGAUUACAGACCGUGUUGGAGGACGCAAUUCGGAUCUCAUAAUCAUUAACAUGGCACUGUCUAACCUGAUGGUGUCUGUAGUGAGGAACACACUGCUCAUCACUUCAGAUUUAGGACUCAAGGUGUAUUCAUCCAAAGGGUGGUGUCAGCUUCUGAUGGGUCUCUGGGUGUGGCUGCGAUCGGUCAACGUGUGGUCAACACUCUUCCUCAGUGCGUUCCACCUCCAGACUUUGAGGCGUGUAGCUCCCACUAUGAAGAACCUUCACAGGCCCCGGGGUGCUCCAAAGACCCUACUGCUGAGUAUUGCCCUCAUGUGGCUUCUCAACUAUAUUUACUCCAUUCCUGCUCAUAUAUUUUCUACUAACGGGAAUGUGAACACCACAGAGACUCUGAUGCUAAUGACCAGCACAACGCGGCCCCUGAUGGGCUGUGUUUGGGAUUUUCCAUCCAACUACAGUGGCCUGGCCUAUGCCACCACAUCUAUGGUGAUUCAUGAGGUAAUUCCCAUAGCCUUGAUGGUUUUUACCAACCUGGGCUCCCUUUACACACUCUACACCCAUGGCAGGAAGCGCAGUUUGGUGCAAGAUGCACCUGUCAUAAAACGAGUGCCAGCCGAGAGACGAGCAGCCAAGGUGAUUCUUGCUCUCAUUAUGCUCUUCAUUGCAUCCUGGGGAACCAACGUUAUCUCUGUCAACUAUUUCAACUACAACAGCGGCUCCUCGGCUCAGUAUCUUUUGGUCAUUGCUCGUUUUGCCUACAUUAUGUUUAUCCUCUUGUCACCGGUUGUUCUGGCAGUCGGCCAUAGGCAGCUGCGUUCUUUCAUCAAGUCUCUGAUCUCUCACUAAUGGAGCUGC